AUGGCCAGCAUCGAGCGCAUCGACUUCCACACUCACGCAGUGACUCCGGGCUACCGCAAAUAUUGCCAGAAAGCCCGACUCGCGGGGAACGGGAAACCAGACGGCAUGCCCGGGAUACCAACCAACAAGGAACUGUCAGACAUCUGCAGGGCCUAUCCAGACCGAUUUGGCUUCUUUGCCUCUCUGCCUCUGCCGGAUGUUGAGGGCUCGUUGGCGGAGAUCGACUACGCGCUCGACCACCUCGGGGCCGUCGGGUUCCAGGUCCUGUCCAACGCGCACAGAGUCUAUCCAGGAGAUAAGCUACUCGAUCCGGUGUUUGAUCGGUUGAGCGCGCGCAAGGCGAUCGUCUUCUUGCAUCCGACGUCCUGUCACUAUGUUCGGACUGUCGAAGUCGGCGGCUCUGGGGAGUCAGGGUCUGAAUCGACUACUGUCGUCGAAACCUUUCAUCCCCUUCCACAGCAUCCAGCACCGAUGCUGGAGUUCAUGUUCGAUUCGACCCGCGCAAUCAGCAAUCUGCUGCUGUCUGGCACGGUCAAGCGCUGCUCUGGAAUCACCUUCCUUGCUUGCCACUGUGGCGCCACUCUGCCACCAAUGCUGGAACGCAUAGCGGCGUUUGGGAAGAUUCCGGGCAGUAAGAGCGAAGACGCACUGACUGCAGAGGAGAUAAAAUCCACCUUGCGCACCCGCUUCUAUUUCGACCUGGCGGGGUUUCCGUUCCCGGACCAGAUCCACGGCCUGCUGCGUGUGACGGACACGUCGAGGUUGGUCUAUGGUAGCGACUACCCGUACACGCCAGGUGGGUUGGUGGAGGACUUGGCGAGGCGGAUGGAUGAGGAGGUGGACAGAUUGUUUGGGGAGGACGUGAAGAAGCAGAUCUAUCACGAGAAUGGGGGAAAGAUGCUGCGAAAUGCUACGUUAUGA